CGAGCACCGAGCCGAUAGCGAGGUGGACCACGCGCCGAAUGGUGCUCUGGCCAGUGGUUGACCUCCGCACGAAGUCCCUCUCGCCUCUCAUCAAGGGCGAGGCGGCCGGCGAGAGCGACGACGAGGUGCUCCGCCGCCUCGGCCUCGGCAGCUGCCUCGUCUGCUGGCUGAGCGAAGCCGAGCUCGCUUCGCCGCCGUCGGCUGCCCGCGUCGCGCUCUUGCGCAGCGCGGGCUGCGCGGUCGGCCCCUUCCGGCUGGACGAGGCGGCCAAGGCGCGGGAGUGGCUUCAUGCCGGAGCGCUGUACGCGCUGCUCACUCCGGACCCCGCGACGCCUCCGGCGGAGCUGUGCGCGGCAGUGCGCCAGGCGGCCAAGGACGCGGCGCUGCCCGCUGAGCGCCUGCUCGUCGUCCUCUCUCCUGCAGCCGAGACGACGUCUGAGCAGCUCCUUCUCGCACUCGAGUCUCUCGCCGCCAAGACCGGCUCCGGUUGCCGCGAGUGCGAGCGGCCCCACACCGUCGGCGCCGCCGCCGGCGUCCUUCUCCUCCUUCCAGACGCGGCGGCGGACGCGGCGCUGCUGAAGCGGGUGUCGGCCAGCCUCGCGGCGACGGACCGGCUGCUGGUCGUGGUCUCCGGAGCGUCGCUCUCCCCCUCCCUGGCCCGGCUCGCCGAGCUCCACGCCCUCAACCUCGGCCUCGCGGCCCCGGCAUCGCUCGGCCCCCUCCCGAGGCGGGCGGAGCGGGUGGCGGCGCCGACGCCCGCGGCCGCACCGGUGCCGUCGGCUUCUGGCGGCGGGCGGAGGACGUUGCGGAGGCGCCUGCGGGCGGAGAAGAGCUGA